AUGCGACCGGCCCGAGAUAACGCAUCAGGUGCGAGUAGCCUGCAGGUUCCCGCUGAUUUGGCGCUGAGCACUUCGGCAAGACUGCCCUUCCUGCCCGACCCACUGGCCCACCGGCCCCCAAGCGCCCCUCCGACGGAGUCCCCAGGCCUUUUCACCGUGGCCGCUCCAGCCCCGGGAGCGCCUUCUCCUCCCGCCACCCUGGCGCACCUUCUUCCCGCCCAGGCCAUGUACAGCCUGCUGGAGACUGAACUCAAGAACCCCGCGGGGCCACCCACCCCAGCUGCAGGCGCGGGCGGCCCCGCAGCCCCGGGCGGCGCAGGCAAGAGUACCGCGAACGCAGGCGGCGGCGCGAAUGCAGGCGGCGGCGGCGGCAGCGGCAGUGGCGCGAGCGGCGGCGGCGGCGGCGGCGGGGGCAGUGACCAGGACCGGGUGAAGCGGCCCAUGAACGCCUUCAUGGUGUGGUCCCGCGGGCAGCGGCGCAAGAUGGCUCUGGAGAACCCCAAGAUGCACAACUCUGAGAUCAGCAAGCGCUUGGGCGCCGACUGGAAACUGCUGACCGAUGCCGAGAAGCGGCCGUUCAUCGACGAGGCCAAGCGGCUGCGCGCCGUGCACAUGAAAGAAUACCCGGACUACAAGUACCGGCCGCGCCGCAAGACCAAGACGCUGCUCAAGAAGGACAAGUACUCCCUGCCCGGCGGCCUGCUGCCCCCCGGAGCCGCGGCCGCCGCCGCCGCGGCCGCCGCCGCCACCAACAUUACACGGAGUCAUUCGACGGGCCGCAGCCCCACGUGGGCGGGGCAGGCCACCAGGCCCGGUGCGGGCUGCGCUGGUCUCCGGGCGGCCCCAGUUCCGCCCGCGCUGCCGCAGAUGCACCGCUACGACAUGGCCGGCCUGCAGUACAGCCCCAUGAUGCCGCCCGGCGCCCAGAGCUACAUGAACGCCGCCGCCGCCGCGGCUGCCGCCUCGGGCUACGGGGGCAUGGCGCCCUCCGCCGCCGCCGCCGCCGCCGCCGCCUACGGGCAGCAGCCAGCCACCGCCGCGGCGGCCGCCGCCGCCGCCGCCAUGAGCCUGGGCCCCAUGGGCACGGUGGUGAAGACCGAGCCCAGCUCGCCGCCGCCCGCCAUCGCGUCUCACUCGCAGCGCGCGUGCCUCGGCGACCUGCGCGACAUGAUCAGCAUGUACCUGCCGCCCGGUGGGGACGCGGCUGACGCCGCCUCGCCGCUGCCGGGCGGCCGCCUGCACAGCGUGCACCAGCACUACCAGGGCGCCGGGACUGCCGUCAACGGAACGGUGCCGCUGACCCACAUCUGA